CAUUUUGUGCUGCUGCGCCGGGUAUUUAUCACAAGAGUCGUGACUAUCCCGUUUACACUGCUAGUUAGGUGGUCAGACGGUUCCUAGUGUAGUCAGUUUCUCUCUCUAAGCCUGAGGCCUUCGAUAGGUUUUCGCAAAGUGCGAUUUUUUUGAGUCGACAUAAAUAUUAAUUUUGUAUAUUUAGUUUAUUUUUAUACUGUGUGAGAAAGAAUGUCGGCCUCAAGUCCCGAAUACUCUCCGUUCUUCGCAGUGAUGGGUGCCUCUGCGGCUAUGGUGUUCAGCGCCUUGGGAGCAGCCUACGGCACAGCCAAGAGCGGUACAGGAAUAGCCGCCAUGUCUGUGAUGAGGCCGGAGCUCAUCAUGAAGUCCAUCAUCCCAGUGGUCAUGGCGGGUAUCAUAGCCAUCUACGGCCUGGUAGUAGCAGUGCUGAUUGCCAACCAAAUCACAGCAACAGUCCCCCUCUACAAGAGUUUCCUCCAUCUGGGCGCCGGGCUGAGUGUGGGCCUCAGCGGGCUGGCAGCAGGCUUCGCAAUCGGCAUCGUGGGCGACGCGGGCGUGAGGGGCACAGCUCAGCAGCCGAGGCUUUUCGUGGGCAUGAUCCUCAUCUUGAUUUUCGCCGAGGUCUUGGGUCUCUACGGGCUCAUCGUCGCCCUCAUCCUCUCCACGAAAUAAAGCACCCAAACAUCUCCACUACAAAGAUCUGUCCUUUAUGUUGCUGCUGGAGAAAAAGUGUAAAAUGGGGAAAAAAUUGUAAAAAAAAAAAAAAAAUCUGCUCAACCUGAGAUGAAAGAAGUGAAGGCGUGGGGAAAAAAAAGAAUUAAAACGGCUCCAUAAAUAUGGUCUUAUCUCAACAAUGUGUACAGUCGUCCCAAUUUGAUAGUCAACUUGUAAAUGCGCAAUGUAGUGAUUUGUCUGUCUUGUGUGCGUGUGCGUGUGUUUCAAAAAUUGUAUGAUGAAGAUUCCUUUUUUUUCCCUCCACUUAUUUCAGGGCCUUGAGGCCAGCUGAGGCAGCUCGGCCUCCGGUCUUAGAGAGCUGACCAAAGGGCCGCACAGCUUUUUCUCCUCCCUUAUCGACUCGGGAGUUGACACAAUUUCUGCAUUAAUCUUGAGGAUCUAUUUGUAAAGAGAAAUGUAUAUGGACUUACGAUUUUUUUCCACUGAUUUUUAUUUAUACGAAAUUGUUCAUGGAACUGUUUAAUGCAGCAAAAGUCUUUAAUUCCCCAGGAUAUAUUAUACAUAUAUACAGACAUAUAAAUAUCUACAUAGAUAGAUUUAAUGCACUGUGGGUUAAUUGUGAUAAGUGGUUGGAAUUCCUCUGGAUGUAAUUCUUGGUUUAAUAAUUAAGAUUGCCUUUAGUAUGUUGCUGGUGAAGUGGGAGUUUUGUGUGUAGCUGUAUUCUAAUCAUUACGCAAACAUUCUCAAACUUCAGUGUUUUUCCUGUAGUACUGCUGUUUGCAUUAAAGGUGUGUGUGCCCCGUGAUGGGUCUCACAAGUGUAAUUUCCAAA